GGCCAUUGGAUAUUGAAAGUAAGCAAAUACUAUUUGAAUCAUGACAACAGUAUGGUAAUCGGAGAUGUAUGCAAUCGAGGCGAAAUAAAAGUCACCGGUAUAGGAGAAAUAACAGCGGAACCUGACUGUUGCCGAGCUGAAGUUUCUGUGUACUCUAGAAAGUCUACAUGGACAGCAGCCGCAGCAAGUGCAAGGAAACGUGCCGAAUAUGCCCGGCAAGAAAUAAAUAACCGACAUCUCAAGAAGUGUAACGUUGUGGAGCAUUAUGACUCGGUCUUGGAAAAUGAAUUUGUGACUGUCUUGUACAAAUUUGAAAUAACAACUUCUGAUAUACCUGGGAUAAAAAGCCUUUUAGGACACCUUAAAUCCAAACUUUCAACUUAUGUAGAGCUAGAAGCUGUGCAGUUCUUCUUCUCUAAAAAGAAACUUUUCGAAAUAAGAAAAGAGGCUGUUACACAGGCUGUAUCAGAUGCUAAGCAUAAAGCUGAAAUGAUAGCCUCUGCAUUUGGACAAAGAAUUCAAGGUUUAAUUAAUGUUAUCGAAACUGAAUGCGAUUCUAGUCAUGAACAACAAGUGACCACAUCAAGAUCCAAUUAUUCUCAUGUACAGAAUAAUGAUCGUCGUCAGUUGAAACAGUUGAACAGCAAUCAUCAAAACAACAACAAUAAUAAUAAUGAUGAUGACGGUGCUUUCAAUGUCAAUCAAUCUUAUUAUCAACCAUUUGACUGGAAUGAAUGCUUGCGUACUGCUCAAAGGCAGAUACGUAUAAAACUGCAUGUUGUAUGUGCUUUAAGCGAUUUCAACAACUGAAUCUUUUUUGGAUUAACUGUUUUACAGAAAACUAUGUAUCAUUUUUCUUUCAGUGUCUUCUACCAAAUGACUCAGAGGUUCACUACACCUUUUAUGUUAUCCUAUAACUUUAUUUAUGUGAUUUUGAACAGUUAUUAUUUGUCAAAAUUUCAUUAUUCCCAUCUAUUUAGGCAAUUUUUGAAGGUCUACAUUUAAUUUACUAUAGAGUGUAGAGGUAUAAAGAACCUAUUUGUGACAAUACAGUUUUUGGAUGACGUAGCUUAUCUGAAAAGUCGAUUGCAAUUUUUUAAUAGAAUUGUGAAUAAAGAAGAAUAUUUGUAGCUCAGGAAGAUUACUUUGAUGUUAUGUUCUCUGAGCUGGACGAUUUAAUCGUGAAGCUUUCACUGGAAUUAUAGACAACAUCAUAAACACAAGCUUUGUUCUGAUGACAUGCAAUAUGACAAAUGAGACAGUUGAUUUAUCAGAAAAUGUUGCUCCUUAUGUUAUGCUAUGUACAUGAAGUAGAUUAAAUCAUACCCCUAUUUCAUGUGCAGGUUAUGCCA